AUGUUGAUGCGAUAUCCUGCCAUAGAUGAUGUUGAGGUACUCGUACCACAGGCGAUAUACCUUCGAGAUCACUUGUCCCAGGAGGGUGGUGAACAAAUCAUACAACAAAACGCAGUCAGAUUAGGGAAACCUAUUAUAUUACAAUCACUCCCUGUCAAGCGAGAUGCCGUGCGAAUUGAAGGGCUGGUACAAGGUGGCAUUGUCAGCGUAACUAAAAAUGUCCUGGAAAGUCGCGGCGCUGCGAUGAUCAAUAAAGCUAUACUAUCGGCGGUCGGGGCGAAUUUUCGAAAACGUCAAAAUUCACCCGAUUUCUCUUCGAGAUAUCAACACGUGUCGCAUGACCCGCUGUAUACAGACGUCCCAUACCAACCGAGUAAGAUAAACUAUUUGGAUCAAUCUAAUCAAACAAGACAUAAUUUUGAAGAGAUCACAAGAUUAAGAGAACAGAAUCGUCAAAUGGGUAUAGUUGUACAGAAGGUCAUCGAUAUUCUUGAAUCAAAAUUCAGGGAGGAUAACGAUAAGAUUGAGAAAAGCUCUGAAGGGUCUGCGUCUCGAUCGUCAUUCGAGUAUAUUGCGGGAAAUAGCAACGAGGAAUCGAGUGAUACCUUGCCUUCCAGCGAUCCCCUUCACGUGUUAAAGGGACUUAAGCACAUCGUGGAUGUAUUGAAUGGAUCGGGAGAACUAAAUCCUCAUAUUCUGGACUCACCACCAAGUAAUGUUCACGAGGAUCACGAACACUGGGAGGUGGUCGACGACGAAGUUAGCGUGGUUAGCAUCGCUGGAACGGAGGAUGAAGCCGCUCCUUCCGUCACCAAAGAAGUUAGAACGAAACAGGAAAAAAACGUGCCCAGCAUUCCAAAGCCUUCAAUUACGGGGUCUGCUAUCGCAAAGCCCAUUUCGGUUCCUCGCUUGAAUUCCACGUCCCUUCCACCGAUUCCAACAUCGUCACCACCGUUACCACCGUUACCAAGGUCUUCUUCCCCCAAAUCACCACCGUCAUCGGAUAAUGAUGUCACCAACUCCACAGGCGUAUUUCAUUCAGAAUCGGAAUCCCCGGCUAACGAAAGGUCGUCUUCUUCUUCAACAACAAAGAUGUCGAAAGCAUUACCACCCACGCCGAAAGUUGCAAGACCCACAUCGACCAAACCAAAAUUCAAAUUAGAGGACAUUUUGGAUGCGGCGGAAAAUGAUGACAGUGAAACAUCAAAAUCGUCUAUUUCAUCUAAUUCAAAAUAUAGUUGGAUGGUUGAAGGUUUCACGGACGAUGAUGAUAAUUCAUUGUUCAAUCCAAAAAGAGCCAGCGUCAAUAGCAUCAACAGUUUAACUGGUUAUGCAUCCGGCUUAGGAUACGCAGAUGGUGAAGAUCAUGUCAGGAAAAUAAUACCGACGACAUCGGCAGCGACGCAAAGACGUUCACAAAGUUCAAUUUCUUUCGCCGCACCUUCAAACCUUAUUGAUCCACUGAGCGAGUCACCGUUUGAAGAUAGCGUCGAGGAGAAGGGUAUAGAUGAAAGAAGUAUUGAAUCGAUACUAUCAACCUCAAGAAGCACCAAAAAGGUUAGCAGCCACCAUCCCAUCACACCAGCCGUCCCCGUUGAAGAUCCACUGGGAGUUUUGUAA